AUGGCUGCUGAGGCUGCGCAAUCCGGGGUGGAGCUCCCUGCUGCUCUUGCUGCCGCGGUGGGGAGUUCCGCGGAGAGUGCUCUUGCCCCUGCAUCGCAUCUUGUUCCGUCUGCUCAGCCGCCAACUCCUGCGCUCGCGCAUUCCGCUGAUGUUGGCGGCGUGGCGAAGCCUCUGUCCUUGCACACGGACCAUUUGCAGCCUCCCGCGUCUCUUCCAGUGGCUGUCGCAACGUCCGCCCUGCCGUCUGUCGCUCAGCCGUCGCCGGUGGCGCAGCCUCCACAGGCUGCCGUCACGGUGUCGGCGCAGGUGACAACGGUGGGCGCCGGCUCCGACCCUGCCCGCGUGUUGCCUCCUGAGCCAUCGCCGCCACAGCAGGCGGCGCCGCCCUCCGCUCCAAACGAUCAGCGCGCGGGCUCUGAGACUCGUGCUGCUGCAGGAGGACACGCGACGUCUCAUCGGGGGCGUGGUUCUCCUCGUCGCCGCCCCUCGCCCUCGUACCGUACCGCUCAUCGUGGCGGCCGUGGCGGCUGGAGGGGAGGUCCCGGUCGCGGCCAAGGCGGCGCAACGGAGGUGCAGCAGAUGCGCACUGACCUCCCGUGGAUGUUUGCCGCUGCCAUGCGCUCCGCGCAGUUUGGGUCGUCGAGCCAUAUUGGCUCGCAACUCCCGCAUGGUGCUGCUCCUGCUCCCGCACCUGACGCUGAGCAGGCUCAUGUGCCUCUGGCGCCUCCUCCUGCCGCCCCGCCAGCCGUUGUGCCCGUUGGCGCCUAG